CCGUCUAUAGCUUAAUAUCCCAUUCAACCCGGACUCAUACAGUGUCCAUGGUCAUCUCAAAUCCGUACGUCUUCCGAAGAAGUUCGACUCGCGUUCGCGUGGUUUCGCAUUCUUGGAGUUCCUCACUCGGCACGAAGCGGAGAACGCAUACGCUGCACUACGACACACGCAUUUACUUGGGAGACAUCUUGUACUUCAGUGGGCAGAAGAGGCUGAACAAGAUAUAGAGGUGCUACGGAAGAAGGCGGGCGUAGGGUAUGGUGAUGGUGCUGAACUACCUGGGCGUAAACGGAAACUUGAGAUGGCGGGAAAUGAUACGGGUGGUGAUAUAGAAUGAUGACGUAUGUAUGGAAACUAGUGGCCACCUUAUUUAGCAGGACGACCUUUUGGUACCAUGAUUAGACGCGACGCGUCUAUUUCCACGCCACCAACAUUAGGUCGAUGGCACUGCGCACAACUUACUGCUUAAAAUAAUUAGUCUCCAACGAUGCACAGUGCCGACGAGGAUAUGCAGACAUUGCCUCCUCCAGCGAAACGACAACGCACGAGCCACUUCAGAACAUCUGAACCAUCAACUGAGCAGUCACAGUUUUGGUUUGCCGACGGGGACAUCGUGAUUGGUGUCGAAGGGCAAUCAUGGAAAAUCCACCGGAGCAAGCUCAUGUGUUCUAUAGUUUUUGCGGACAUGCUCGAACUUCCGCAGCCUGCCGACAUCGAGAGAAUGCAUGGGUGUCCUCUGGUCAGUUUGUCGCAAGAUGUUGCGAAUGACUGGCUAGUCGUCUUGACAUGGAUGUACCAACGGGAGAAGUUCAAUAACCUAACUGUCGUCUUUGAUACCAUAGCAGGAGCCCUACGACUAUCCAACAAAUAUGACAUCCCAGACCUUCGUCAAUGGAGCAAACGUCAGCUAUCUCUGCGCUGGCCCCAAGAGCUCACCAAAAUGACCUAUGCCGCGUUCCCUCAUGCCGCUGAGGCUAUAUAUCUCGCAAGAGAAUGUAAUGUUCCUGAAAUCCUUCCUGCAUCAUUCUAUGCGCUUUCGAUUCUCCGUUGGAAUCAUCUAUCCGAGGGUGGCCAAAGCCACCUACAAUUAUCCCCAUCGGACCUUCGGUGCUUCAUAGUUGGACGCGAACACCUUCAAGAUCAUCUAUACGCAAUCUUGACUGGUGCAGACGAGCGGCCAGGUGGACACACCACAGCUAUUUGCGCUGGUUGCGAGAACGUAUCUCGGACGUGGCUCAGCUCAUCGUUGAAGCCGGAUGCUUCCUCUCCGUAUGGCGUGUGGCUUCUUCGCAGCUUGCAACUUUUCGCUGCGAACAGUUGCCCAGGCUUGAGUUUACAUCACGCUCGCUGUGAUGUGAACUUUCGUCUGCGAAUCAACGGGUUUGUCCAAGACCUUCACGAAGCGAUUCCUAGAUAUUUCAUGCUACGAGAAUGAUUGCGUUAUUCACUACUAGAAGAUAGGCAUGCUCGAAGGUUUCAUGCCUUUCCAGCACAUGAACAACCAAACUUGGGGAGUAACUUUUGUGUCCUUUGCGUUUUUGCCUCAUCUACAUAAUAUGUCUUCGUUUUCUAUGGCUUUUAUCAUUAUAUAGUAUUUCUUGGCCACAUCAGCGUAUAAUAAUUUGUGGGAAGUUGGACAGUCGAGAAGAAUCGGCCAUACAUGGGUA